AUGAAUACUGCGAAUUUCACUAGAACUGGAAGGAAUACAGAAGAAUAUAUAUUUGCGGUUGGUACUUACAAACUCCUUGCCUUUGCUAUCGGAACAAUUGGAGUCUUCGGAUUUUGCAACAAUAUUAUUGUCAUCAUGCUGUACUACAGAUUCAAGAGACUCCGGACGCCUACAAAUUUGUUAAUAGUAAACAUAAGUAUAAGUGACUUGUUGGUCUCUGUCCUUGGAAUUAACUUUACGUUUGUUUCGUGCAUCAAAGGCGGAUGGGACUGGAACUCGGCAACAUGCGUCUGGGACGGAUUCAGCAACAGCUUAUUUGGCAUCGUGUCCAUCAUGAGUCUCUCAGCUCUGGCCUACGAGCGCUACAUCCGGGUGGUCUAUGCUCAGGUGGUGGACUUCCCCUGGGCCUGGAGGUGCAUCACCCACAUCUGGCUCUACUCCCUGGCCUGGACAGGGGCCCCUCUCCUGGGUUGGAACCGUUACACCCUGGAAAUCCACCAGUUAGGCUGCUCCCUGGACUGGACAUCCAAGGACCCUAUCGAUGCCUCCUUCAUUCUCCUCUUUCUCCUGGCCUGCUUCUUUGUCCCUGUGGGCAUUAUGAUUUACUGCUAUAUGAACAUUCUCUACACGGUGCGAAUGCUCCGCUCCAUCCAGGACCUUCAGACAGUGCAGAUCAUUAAGAUCCUGCGCUAUGAGAAGAAGGUGGCUGUCAUGUUCUUGCUGAUGAUCUCCUGUUUCCUGGUGUGCUGGACACCCUACGCCGUGGUGUCCAUGAUGGAGGCCUUUGGCAGGAAGAGCAUGGUCACCCCCGCCAUCGCUAUCAUCCCCUCCUUCUUUGCCAAAUCCAGCACGGCCUAUAAUCCUCUCAUCUACAUGUUCAUGAGCAGGAAGUUCCGGCGCUGCUUGUUGCAGCUGCUGUGCUCCCAGCUCUCGUGGAUUCAGAGCAGCAUCAAGGACCGUCCCCUGGCCCGGAGCAUCGAGCGGCCUAUUCGCCCAAUCGUCAUGUCCCACCGAAGAGGCGGGGAACGACCAAAGAAGAGGGUGACCUUCAGCUCCUCCUCCAUUGUCUUCAUCAUUGCCAGCAAUGACGUGAACCACCUGGACAACAUGUCCAAGAGCGGCGGUAUGUCGUCAGAGGGCAUCCAGGUGCGGCCGCUGUGACAGAGCAUUAUGGGUACUGUAGUACAUCAUGCUACACCCAUGUGACCAUGGGAACUGACUAAUCACUUCAUAUCACAUGUUCCUCUGUAAACCUCAGAACUUCCUCUCAUGAAACACAGAACCCAGAAGUUCCAAAUCACCCUUCUGACACAAGACUAUUGUUUUUCUUUUUAGCCUUUUCAAGAUCCAUCACUAUAAACUGUAGAGACUUAUUCCCAACCCUCUUUCACUGUGCAUCAGAAGGAACAAUCCCUUCCCUGUAACCGAAUGAUGUAGCUGUGAGUUUGUGACCUAUUUCUCUUGUCUUGAACAGCCUUUGACAUAGUCUCAUGCUGAGCUGAGUGUUUUUAAACAGUACCUCCUGUGUCAUAACGGAAGCCAGCAGUGUUAAUGGAGAAAAUGAUGUUGAUUAUUACUAUUUCCCUGGUUGGCAGCACUAUUGUGCUUAAUGAACUUACAGGGUAAAGCCUUACAAUAUUGCAGCAGCAUAUUCUGCACAACACUCUCUCUACCUUUGUCACGUCCAGAUUCAUUAAAUAUAUUCUAUAUUCUGGGGUGAAAGUGGAUUUCAUUUCUUCCCGGUGCGAGGACCUCCUGUAUGUGUGCACACACUUCAUUCUUUUUUUUAUGGGCCUAUUCAUAGAAUUGCAUAUAUAAUCCCUAUUAAUUUAAUAGGGUUUCUAUGGGCCUAUUCAUAGAAUUGCAUAUAUAAUCCCUAUUAAUUUAAUAGGGUUUCUAUGGGCCUAUUCAUAGAAUUGCAUUUAUAAUCCCUAUUAAUUUAAUAGGAUCUCUAUGGGCCUAAUCAUAGAAUUGCAUAUAUAAUCCCUAUUAAUUGAAUAGGAUCUCUAUGGGCCUAAUAGUCCCGAUUUUGUUGUUUAACUUUUCAAAUGUAUUAGCCUACCUUUUAAUGUGGCAUAAACACAACCAGUCAUUAUGUUUUCAUCUGAUUGUCAAACAAUUACUUCAAAAGGUUAAUGUAGGCUUCCUGUGCAUGUUACCCAGGGACGGCAGAACCAUUUUUUUUGACGUGCGGUAAAAAAUAGUUUAUAACUUCCGACAUUUGUUAGGCUAUUUGUUAGGGAAUUUGUCUGUAAUUAGAUAUAUGCAGGUUGUCUUCUGUCAUUACUUGACGCUCGUCUAGAAUACUAAAUAAAGCCUUUGCUCACCAGAAUAAUGUCAUAAACCGAUCAAUGCAUCAUCAACAAUAUAGUUGAUGUCUGCAAAGUUUCUCUUUCAUUUCCGCUUCUCUCAUAGAGCAAGGGACCAGGGUGAUUUUCCAUGCAACAUUUCCAAAUGACAGUUUGACCGAUUUUUGCAUGCAUAUUUUAUGUGGUUGAAAAUGAAAUACUUUCAUCCUUUACAGUAUGUCCCUGAAAUAAAUUGCA